AUGGUCUUCCUAUCGAUCGUCCACGCUUCCAACUCCCUCAUCUCCACCACUCUGCCUCCCAAAUUGGUGGCUGUUUUCAUCGGAGCAACCAGCGGCAUAGGUAAAGUAACCCUCAAAACGUUCGCAAAAUACACCACCCAACCACGUAUCUACUUCAUCGGCCGGUCCCAAGAAGCUGCAGACCUUAUCCUCACAGACCUCAAAACACUCAACGCAGGUGGCGAAUACAACUUCAUAAAAGCAGACGUAAGCUUAAUGCGGAACGUCGACGCCGUCUGCAUCCAAAUAAAGCAAAAGGAGAAGUUCAUAAAUCUGUUAUUCCUCAGUCCGGGAGUAGCGAGCUUUGACCGUAGCAGUAUAUGCCUAGAGAUAAAAAAAAAAAACACAGAAACCUUAGAACGCAUCCACCUACUCGCAGCACUAAACUACUACACCCGCAUCCUUUUCAUCACCUCCUUGCUCCCACUCCUACGUGCAGCCCCCAACCUCCGCCGCAUCAUCUCCGUUGGCGGCGGAACCCAGGAAGGUCCUCUUGACGCUGCCGAUUUCCCCGCUCUACGCAUCCCACUCCCUCAACUACGAGGCCAUCUCAGCACAUUAGUAACGCUCGGUCUGGAAGCCACAGCCAGGAAUGAGGCAACAGUGAGUAUCGUGCACGAUUACCCCGGGACGGUAAAGACACCGUUGUUGAACUAUAUGUCUGAGGAGCAAAUGAGUGCGUUGAUGUUUGUGCCGCUUGAGGAGUGUGGGGAGAGGCAUUUGUUUUUGGCUACUUCGGGACGAUUUCGGGCUGCCGAAGGGGGGUGUAAUGGUGUGAUGGUUGGAGAGGGAGAUGAAGUUGCGGUUGGGACGAGUGGGACGAGGGGGAGUGGGAUGUAUUCAGUAGGGCCGGAUUGUGAGAGUGCUUCGGCUGAGGUGCUGGAGCUCUUGGCUGGAUUAAAAGAGAAGGGGAUGGUGGAUGAGAUUUGGAGGCAUACGGAGGGGGAGUUCACACGCGUGACUGAGCUGAGUGAGGUAAGGUAAGUGACGGAGAGGGCAGCCCCAGUAUACCAGAUUGGCUUUGGCAUGAUCACCAAUUCGCGCGUACCAUGGAACACUGGCCCUUCUUCCAACCCAAAUUUCAUCAGAAAGUCAGGAUAAUUACAAAUAGCGAAUGAGGACAGCCACCUUAAUCAUAAACAUUUUUCAUUCAUCCUAAGAAAGGAGGUAUCCCAAAUGCCCCUCCAAACACCUAUGAAUACAACAGAACAACAUUACCCCGUC